UCCAGUGUCUCCACUCAGGUCCUGUAAAGAGGAGGAGGAGGACGACAAUGUUUCAAUCCUGACUACACUCGAAUGGAUUGGGUGCUGUGCUGUGAGCGCUGAGACGGUUCGAGUGUCAUUGCAGACAUGGGUCGUGGCGGUGAGACACCUUUCUGUGCUGUGCUCCGCGGGGAGUGUUUUCCCUGUCAGUCCUUCAGCGCUGGAAAUGGCGCUGUGAUGCUGCACGAGGAAGACGCAGUGGAGACGGAAGAAGCCAAGGCGGAAUAAAGAAAUAUAUGAUCACCUAUGCUUUUCUUUGGGUUGGAUUUUUAGUAGCGGUGGACAAUACCAUGGUGAAUUACCAGAAAUAUAUUACUGUUAUGCAGCUGGCUUUGGGGGUGACCGCCUCCAACAAAGAACACUGUCUUCCUCCCAGGAAACGUAUGUGGAUACACCCGAGCCCUACCGCCGGGUCCAUCACAGCCUCCUCCUCCACAAGCACUCUUCAGGGCAAGCCGUCACUGCGGCGCAUCAAGGGCCGCAUCCACCGGAGCAAGAGUCUGGACAGCAUCGACCUCCUGGACGCCCAUAGUACAGCAAUGGAGGAGACUGUCAUAUGGGAACAGCACACAGUCACACUUCACAGGGCACCAGGGUUUGGCUUUGGCAUCGCCAUCUCAGGAGGCCGGGAUAACCCUCACUUCCAGAGCGGCGAGACCUCCAUCGUGAUCUCAGAUGUCCUGAAGGGAGGCCCGGCAGAAGGCCUGCUGCAGGAGAAUGACAGGGUGGUCAUGGUCAACGCCGUGUCCAUGGACAACGUGGAGCACGCCUACGCCGUCCAGCAGCUCCGCAAGAGCGGGAAGAAUGCAAAAAUUACAAUCAGGCGAAAGAGGAAGGUGCACGUGCCCAUGGGCCGGCUGGGCGAGCGGGAAACCAUGUCGGAGCACGACGAGGAGGAGGACAGCUACGACGAGGAGAUCUACGAGACGCGCAGCGCCCGCAGCGGGGCCUACAGCGCCGCCUACAGCGCCGUGGGCGGGGCCACGGGCCGCCGCAGCGGGCGCAGCGGCGGCCGCCGGGACCGUGAGCGGGAGCGCAGUGUGUCCCGGGAGAGGAGCCCGUCCCCGCGCGCCGACCGCCGCGGCCAGCACGUGCCGCCGCCGCCGCGGCCCGCCAAGGUCACGCUCGUCAAGUCCCGCAAGAAUGAAGCAGAAUAUGGCCUGCGCCUGGCCAGCCACAUCUUCGUCAAGGACAUCUCCCCCGAGAGCCUGGCGUUCCGGGACGGCAACAUCCAGGAGGGAGACGUGGUGCUGAAGAUUAACGGCACGGUGACGGAGAACCUCUCCUUGAUAGAUGCCAAGAAGCUGAUAGAGAGGUCAAAGGGCAAGCUAAAAAUGGUGGUGCAGCGGGACGACAGGGCAACGCUGCUCAACAUCCCUGACCUCGACGACAGCAUUCCCUCCGCCAACGCCUCUGACAGGGACGACAUUUCAGAUAUCCAUUCGCUGGCGUCCGACCAUUCCAAUCGAUCACAUGACAGACGCCGCAGCAGCCGUUCCCGCUCUCCCGACCGCCGCUCAGAGCCCUCCGACCACUCCAGACACUCCCCGCCGCAGAUCAGCAACGGCAGUCUAUGGCGCCGAAGUCACAGAAGUCGCGACGAUGAAAGGAUGUCCAAGACUUCUUCCACUGCAAAGAUCGCUGAGGAGAUCCCCCUGCCCAAGCCCAUGGAGUCCUCUGUGUCCCGGGAGGAGAAGCAGCUUCCCCCCCUCCCAGAGCCCAAACCGGUGUACGCCCAGCCCGGCCAGCCGGACGUGGACCUGCCCGUCAGCCCCGCCGACGCCCCCGUGCCCAGCGCCGCCCACGACGACAGCAUCCUACGGCCCAGCAUGAAGCUGGUGAAGUUCAAGAAGGGCGAGAGUGUGGGUCUGCGGCUGGCCGGGGGGAACGACGUGGGCAUCUUCGUGGCCGGGGUGUUGGAGGACAGCCCUGCUGCCAAGGAGGGCCUGGAGGAGGGGGACCAGAUCCUCAGGGUGAACAACGUCGACUUUGCAAACAUCAUCCGAGAGGAGGCGGUGCUGUUCCUCCUGGACCUCCCCAAGGGGGAGGAGGUCACCAUCCUGGCCCAGAAGAAGAAGGACGUGUACCGGCGGAUAGUGGAGUCUGACGUGGGCGACUCGUUCUACAUCCGGACCCACUUUGAGUACGAGAAAGAGUCCCCCUACGGGCUGAGCUUCAACAAGGGCGAGGUGUUCCGCGUGGUGGACACGCUGUACAAUGGCAAGCUGGGCUCCUGGCUGGCCAUCCGCAUCGGCAAGAACCACCAGGAGGUGGAGCGCGGCAUCAUCCCCAACAAGAACAGAGCGGAGCAGCUCUCCAGCGUGCAGUACACCCUCCCAAAGACCGCGGGGGGCGACCGCGCCGACUUCUGGAGGUUCAGGGGGCUGCGCAGCUCCAAGAGGAACCUGAGGAAGAGCCGGGAGGACCUGUCGGCCCAGCCGGUGCAGACCAAGUUCCCCGCCUACGAGCGGGUGGUGCUAAGAGAAGCCGGGUUCCUGAGGCCCGUGGUGAUAUUCGGGCCCAUCGCUGACGUGGCCCGGGAAAAACUAGCCAGGGAGGAGCCCGAUAUCUUUGAGCUUGCAAAGAGCGAACCUAGGGAUGCAGGAACGGACCAGCGCAGCUCAGGAAUCAUUCGUCUUCACACCAUCAAGCAGAUCAUCGACAGAGACAAGCACGCAGUGCUGGACAUCACGCCCAACGCGGUGGACCGGCUGAACUACGCCCAGUGGUACCCCAUCGUGGUGUUCCUGAACCCUGACAACAAGCAGGGCGUGAAGAACAUGAGGACCCGUCUGUGCCCCGAGUCCAGGAAGAGCGCCCGCAAGCUGUACGAGCGCGCCAUCAAGCUGAGGAAGAACAACCACCACCUCUUCACCACAACCAUCAACAUGAACAACAUGAAUGAUGGCUGGUACGGCGCGCUGAAGGAGACCAUCCAGCAGCAGCAGAACCAGUUGGUCUGGGUGUCGGAGGGCAAGGCGGACGGGGCGCCAGAGGACGACCUGGACAUCCACGACGAUCGGCUGUCCUACCUGUCAGCACCGGGCAGCGAGUACUCCAUGUAUAGCACAGACAGCCGCCACACCUCGGAUUACGAGGACACGGACACGGAGGGCGGGGCCUACACCGACCAGGAGCUGGACGAGACGCUGAACGACGAGGUGGGCCUGCCCACCGAGCCCGCCAUCACCCGCUCCUCCGAGCCCGUCCGGGAGGACCCGCCCGUCAUCCCGGACACGCCCGCCUACCCCGGGUACCAGCAGCCCGACCCCGCCCACCGCCUCGACCCGGCCGGCUUCAAGAUGGCUGCCCCACAGCAGCAGGACGAGGCCGCUCUGGCCACGCCCCCUGGGGCGGAGCACCCCACGCAGCUCGAGGGCUCCCGCCUCGAGGGGGCCGGCGUCCCUCUGCAGGCCGACUUACUUAGCAGCCCCAGCCCUGUCCCCGAGCUAAAUCAGCCCCCACCACCACCACCUCCUCCUCCGCCACCUCCACAUGAACCCCUCCUGUGCGGGCAGCCUGGUCCAGAACCAAAGAUGUACAAGAAGGACCUGUACAACAUGGAUGACCCCGUGCGCGUGAACCACGGCAUGAAGCAGUCGCUGAGCUACAGCCACCAGCCGUCGUUCCAGGACAAACAGCCAUACCGCGACAGCGAGCACCCGCCCUACGGCUACGACGCCAGCGGCGGCUACGGCGAGCCCAAGCCCCACACCUUCGACCCCCACCCGCACUACGACAGCCGCGUGCCCCACUACCAGGACCAGUGGGCCCCCUACGACCAGCAGACCUCGGCCCCGCCCGCCGGCGGCUACCAGCAGGGCCACCAGCCGACCUCGGCCCCGCCCACCCCCUACCAGCCGGGGCCCCAGCAGCCCGGGGGCUACCACCAGCGGUCCCCCUACGAGGACGGCCCCGGGAAGGAGUACAGCCCCCCCCAGGCCCGCUACGACGAGCCCCCCCCUGCGCUGGGCUACGACGGCCGCCCCCGCCACACCAAGCCCCCCGGGCCGGGCCGCUACGACGAGGCCCCGCCCCCGGGGCCCUACGACGCCCGCUCGCCUUACGAGGCCGAGCAGGCCCACGGCUUCCCCGGGGCCAGCUCGCCGCGCUCCCCGGACCCCCCCAAGCAGUACUACGGGGACGCGGCCCCCCGGCCCGCCUACAACCCCGGGCCCCCCAACCGGCUGUACAAGUCGGGGCACGAGGCGGGGCUGAACUGCGAGGGGCCCCUGAAGGGGGACGGUGGCGGCCAGUCCCCUGGGGAGCCGGGCGGCAAGGGCCCGCUGCCCCGGGACGAGCAGGAGGACGACCCGGCCAUGAAGCCCCAGUCGGUGCUCAACAGGGUCAAGAUGUUCGAGAACAAGCGCUCGGUGUCUGUGGACCGGGCCAAGGACGGAGGGGACCCCUCGGCCCCCAGGCCCGCAGACGUCCCCAGGCCGGUGAUGGCGCCCGGCCCCGUGCUCAAGGCCAACUCCCUGAGCAACCUGGAGCAGGAGCGGCCAUGCUACAGGGCCCCUGAGCCCCAGAAGCCCCACCCUAAGGACGAGGGCCGCCCCAACCACUUCGACCCUGACGAGGACGAGGAGUACUACAGGAAGCAGCUGUCCUACUUCGACCGGCGGAGCUUUGACAGCAAGGCCAUGAGCCAGCCCGGGCCCGCCAUCAACCGCUUCCACGACAUGCCCAAACCAGGCCAGCUGUCCUACCACUACAACAGGGUGGAGUCCAUGGAGAAGGUGAGUCCGGUGGAGAAGAGGUACGACCCCAUGCACGUGAUGAGCCCCACCUCCCAGUACGGACCCCCGCAGACCCCCGCCAUCCCCCCAAACUCUCUGCCCAAACUUGGCCCCAACGAGGUGAACUCCAUCCCCGACGUGCUGAGCCCCCCCAAGCCCGAGGCGGUGGCCCUGCGUCCAGCCGGCCGGGACGACCUGGCCCAGGGGGGCUACUUGCCCCCCCGCGGGGGCGGCCUCGCGGACAAGUCCCCCGUCAACGGCACCGAGGCCCCCCCCAAGGCCCUGGGCGCCCCCACCCCCGCCAGCUACAACCGCUACGUCCCCAAGCCCUACACCAGCUCCGCCCGGCCCUUCGAGCGCAAGUUCGACAGCCCAAAGUUCAACCACAACCUGCUGCCCAACGACACGGCCAAGCCCCCCCCCCUGGGGCUCAGCGGCAGCAGCAACAACAACGGCAGCAAGCCGCAGCUCUCCCCCCAGCCCUUGGACCACGACAGUGGCCUGGACACCUUCACACGCACCAUGGACAACCGGCCAAAGUACCAGCACAACAACGUCAGCGCCGCGCCCAAAGCCAUCCCCGUCAGCCCCAGCGCCCUGGAGGACGAGGACGAGGACGAAGGCCACACGGUGGUCGCCACGGCCCGCGGCAUCUUCAACUGCAACGGUGGCGUGCUGAGCUCCAUCGAGACGGGCGUCAGCAUCAUCAUCCCCCAGGGCGCCAUCCCCGACAGCGUGGAGCAGGAGAUCUACUUCAAGGUGUGCCGCGACAACAGCAUCCUGCCGCCGCUGGACAAGGAGAAAGGGGAGACGUUGCUGAGCCCCCUGGUGAUGUGUGGCCCUCAUGGACUGAAGUUCCUGAAGCCGGUGGAGCUGCGCCUGCCUCACUGUGCGUCUAUGACCCCAGAUGGUUGGUCUUUUGCUCUAAAAUCCUCUGACUCCUCGUCGGGUGACCCCAAGACCUGGCAGAACAAAUCCCUCCCUGGGGACCCCAACUACCUGGUGGGCGCAAACUGUGUCUCUGUGCUCAUCGACCACUUCUGAGGUGUGACAGCUGGUCUGUUGGUGUGCGUGGAGGGCAGGGGGAGGCCCCCCCCGCGCCGCUCCUCUGCUGUGCUCCCUCCAUGGCCUCCGGGGCUGAGCCACACCGCCCGAGGAAGUAUGGAACUGGAAACAACACUCGCACUGUUUACUGUGUCCCUCCCCUCGCAAACGACCAGAGAACCAUCACAAGUCCACCCUGGAACGAGUCCAGACCCCCCGUUAGACCGGGCGCCCCCCCGGCCCUCCGUGGCUGUAACCCCCCCCUGUUCCUUUGGUUUCAUUUAUUUUUAUGUUUUUGGUGCUUUGAAGGCUUGCAAAAAAAAGUAUAUCUUUAAGGAUUUAACACAAAAAAAACGAAUUAUAUGAAAAAAACGGAACUGUUGUUGGAAUGCAUGACCAGUGCCGCAGACUGAAUAAUCUUCAGAUUGACAUUUUUUGUCUAAUUUUUUCUAAAGGUGAGGAGCAGAGCAAGAAAAAGGAAACUAG